AAUCAGAUGUCACAUGAGUAUUUGCUCUAGUAUCCAGAUACCAGUUCAGACUUGGUCCGGCAGAUUGACUUGUGUAAUAUGCCUUUAGAGGACAAGAAUAUGAUUCACUAUAGCGGUGUCAAAAGUUCCAGACCGCAUGUUCAGGUUUCCUACACAAUUUACACGUGAUUAUGCCUCCGCACUUCGCCUCUACCGUGUGCGUCAUCACGGUUUUGGUUUUCUCAGAGAAGUAAAAUGUCUGGGGAUUAACUACGGCCAACUGGGGGACAAUUUGCUUCCGCCGGAGAAAGUGUUGCAACUCCUGCGAGCUUACAAGAUCACGAAGACGAGAAUCUACGACACCAACCCGAAAAUCUUGACGGCGUUCGCCAACUCCGGCGUCGAGCUCAUCGUGACGGUCGAGAACCAGAGGCUGGCGGCGUUGGGCGGCAGCGACCCCCAACCGGCGGCGCAGUGGGUGGAGACUCAGAUUCGCCCGUUCUUCCCGGCGACCAACAUCACCGGAAUCGCCGUCGGAAAUGAGGUCAUCACCGACGGCGACACGUCGCUGAUGGGACACCUCGUACCCGCCAUGGUAAAUGUCCGCCGGGCGCUUGCAAGUCUCGGAUUUGAUCGUAACAUUAAGGUGUCGUCGCCUCAUUCGCUAGCGGUGCUGGGGAAUUCAUACCCGCCGUCGGGAGGGUACUUCAAGCCGGAGCUCGCCGGAAUGAUGCAACAGUUCCUAAAGUUCCUCGCCGAAACGGAAUCUCCGUUCUGGAUCAACGCCUACCCCUUCUUCGCCUACAAGGAUUCCCCCAACAAAAUCCCCCUCGACUACGUCCUCUUCAACCCCGGCGCCGCCGGCACGGUGGACCCCGCCACCAACCUCCGCUACGACAACAUGAUGUACGCCCAGGUCGACGCCGUCCUCGUCGCCAUGUACCGCCUGGGCUUCAACGCCGUCGAGGUCCGGGUGUCGGAGACUGGGUGGCCGUCGAAGGGGGACCCCAACGAGGUCGGCGCCUCGCCGGAGAACGCCCGGAUUUUCAACGGGAAUCUGAUGAGGAGGCAGAGGAUGAACCAGGGGACGCCGUUAAGGCCGGGGUUGAGAUUGGAGGUUUACGUUUUUGCCCUUUUCAAUGAGAACCAGAAGCCCGGCCCGACGUCCGAGAGGAACUACGGCUUGUUUCUGCCGGACGGGACGCUGGCGUAUGAUGUUGGGUUGUCGUCGGAAUCCGCCGUGCCGUCAUCUCCUUCCACGCCGUCGGCGGCUACCAUUUCUCUGUCGUCAUCUGCCCCAAAGGCAGAGCACAUGGAGUACCAAAGCUUUGUGCACACAAGCAUUCUAUUCUUCCUGGGGUGCCAUGGGAAGGGUGGGUUCGGACCGGGACGAGCUAAGGUAAUGAGGGGGUUUACCGGAAGUUCAAAAGUAAAAAUCCAUUUUCUCGAUCGCCGAGCAGGCCAGCAUUUCUCAUCAAUGGCGCUUCCGUCGGGGUUUCGCGAGAGAAUGGAACAAAUGGAAGAGACGAGAAACCAACGCCUCCAUCUCCUUGAGGCGGAGAAAGAGCUACAGAUCAACAAGUCUCGGGUAUUCGCCGCCAGGCUCUCGAACAUCAGAUCCGCUGAACAGCGCUGCCUUAAUCUCGAGCGCAAGAUCGUUUCCCAGCAGUUACUUAUUUCUGCUCUGAAAUCCGAAAUCGAUCGUUUGGACUCCGAUCAUCUCCGAUCGCUUCAGAAACUCAGGGGUGGUUGCCGGUGACAAUGGUAGCCGGUAGCGGUGGAUAGUCGACGGUCGAGAGAGAUAUCAAAUCUCCACAUUGUUAGGGACACAUGGCACAAAUUCAGAUCAACUUUAAAAGACUCUGUGGAGAUGGGGAGAGAUGAUGAUGCCUUUCAGAUGGGUGGUGGCAGAGGAUCCAAUGGUGGAGAUAUCUCAACUUGGUUUCAGAUUAGGCUUUUUGGAGAUCUAUUUGGUAUUAGAACUAACAAAGAUGCUGUCCAAGAACAUUGAUUCCUUGCUGGGCUUCUCCUCCACGGGUUUCUCAGUUUCUUUCUCUACAAACAAAUAAUCCCUUUUGUUGCCCAAUUUUAGCUUUUUCCCCAGCCUCUUCUCCUUAGCUAUUCACUACCAUGCAGUUCUCUUCAGCUAAAGCCUUUGAAUUCUUUGAUUUGCUCGGCAUUUACUAACAAAAAGCUUCAGGGAAAGCCACCGUAGCUCAAGACCUGCUCAAGUAGUUUAUUGCAUUAUUUGCGUAGUAAAUGCUAGAAUUUACAGGUUGCAUCCUUCUAAAUAACCCAAUUGAAGAUUUAUUAUCCCAGUUUGAGAUUUUUUGUAUGGAAAUUUUCGCCGUUUGAGUGGUCUAUUGCACUAUCCAAGAUAGUCCGAGGGCAUAUUUGAUACUUCUGCCCCCCAAAAUAAUGGCAGAAGUGUCCU